AUGGGCGAGGACGUCCAUGUGGCACGGCUGCGUCAGAUGCAAGAUGUGCCACAUAUUCCGCAUAUGAACACAUCGAUUCCUGGUCCUGACUAUGUGUUGCCGGAGGUGACAGAAGAAGAGGAACAAGCGCUUGAAGAGGACCCCGUUCUCCACGCGCAUGAUGAGGAUGAACUCGCUUGGCUUCGUCGUCUACCUUGGUGGCAUAAGCCUCGGCCACUUUGGCUUCUUCCUGUUUUAUUUUUAUUUGCAUUAUCUGCCGGUAUGAUGCUUGCAUCUCGCCUCGAGCUCUUUCUCGCUUUAAUAUGCAAGGCGAUGCACGUCGAUGACAUAGAACUGCACGAGUCAUCGUCUCUCUCGCUCGCAUCCUUGCCAUCCUUCAUUCACCCUGUACAUGCUCCAUCUGCCGUCUGCCGCAGGUCAGUUCAAGCGCAGAGUCGCCUGUCGAUUAUCCAGCUAGAGCUCGUCGUGAUUGUUGGUGUCUUUUCAAUGCUGACGACGAGCUUUUGGUCUCAGCUAUCUGAUCGCAAAGGACGAACGCGCGUACUUGCCAUUGCACUCUCUGGAUCCUUAUGCAAUGAUGCUGUGUCAUUGUGUGUAUCGCUUGUGUCUUUGUCCAACAUUCCAUUGGGAUGGUGGAUCCUCGUUUGGGGCAGCGUAAUGGAGGGCGUACUUGGUGCGUCUGGCACCGUUACGGCAAUGGCACAAUCAUAUCUCACUGAUGUUACAUCUAGCGGUACUCGAUCGCGUUUGUAUGCACUGAUGACAGGGGUGCUUUUUGCUGGUGUCGCUAUCGGCCCGACCAUCGGCGGCUUUGUCACCAAGUAUACGGGUAGUUUGAGUCUGACGAUUCUCCUCGCAAGCCUUGUCCGACUUUCCAUUUUUGCCAUUUCUCCUAUGAUACCCGAAAGCUUGAGCCCAGCGGUGCGAGAAAAUGCUACCCAAGAGCAUGAUUCAAUGCUUCGUUUCGAGCGAGAUCGCCACGGUCAAAUGGUUGCCUUUUGGGCGGGGGUGAAAAAAGCCAUCAUGACUCCCCUAGAAAGUCUCAGCUUCUUGCUACCACGGCGUAAAUCAAGCUAUGCUCUUGUGCCGAACGAGUCGUUCCCUACGCUUUCUUCUACCGAGCAGCGUGUGACAUCGAGCGAGUGGGACACGAAUCUGCUUCUUCUCUCUGCGGCAUAUGCGGUAGAAAUGACAUGCAUUGCAAUUGUGCCGGUCAAAAUUCAGUAUGUCCAACUCGUAUUCGGCUGGAGCUCUAGCGCUGUCGGAUUGUUCGUCAGCUUUGCAGCUGUCUCGCGCAUGCUCACACUUACAGUCUUGGUACCUCUUUUGGUCAAGCUCCUUCACCGUAUGCCGAAGUCUAUUGUGCUGCCUCAAGAUGCCGCUUUUGUGUCGGCAUCUGAUGCCUAUGAGGUCUUGGACGAGCAUGGUCGCCUCCUGUAUGCGUCCCCGCCUGCUUUAUGGACACAAGCUGAGCAGCAGCUGGAAAAGCGAUGGAUGGCACGAGCCAAGCAGCUUCAGCUCAUUCACGACAGCCACAUGGACAUGUAUAUUGCUGUGGUCUCUGCGUUUAUAACAGUGAUUGCCUCGAUCAUCAUGGCGCACUCGCGGACAUCUGGUCUGUUCAUGUUUGGGACAUUCGCCGUAUCACUGGGUGCAGGAAUAGGAUCGGCUGUGAGCUCCUUAGGGAUGGCUGUGAUACCGCGUGCGGACGGUGCGGGUCGUUUGUUUGGUGCAUGGGCUAUUCUCAGUACUUUGUCUAGCGCGAUUGUCGGCCCUUUUAUGUUCUCUAUGGUGUUCAGUCGCAGUGCUUCAACUACACCCUCGUUGGUGUUUUAUUUAGUUGGUGCGCUUCAGCUCUUGACGCUAUCUCUCCUGUACUUUGUGCGUCUUAGCUCGAGUGAUACGCUUGAAGGGCUUGCACCACGACCGCAUGCUCCAUUGCGUAGAAAUAGACCAUAA